AUGAAAUAAAUAUAAUAUGAAUAGAUUUUGAGGGCUUCUUAAGAAAUUCAAUUAAGAGAUAAAUUUGCUUAGCUUUCAUCAAAAGCUCAUGAAUUUGUAAGAAAAUAAAUCAAAUAAUUGGAAUCAAAUUAUAAUUAAUAAAUUUCCACAAUCUUUGAGCAAUAUUAUGAAUGUAAAAUGAUGUGUGAUUAACUAAAAUUUAAAAAUGAGCAAUAUGCAAAACUCAUAUUAGAAUAAGAAUUUAAAUCUAUUUAGACUAAAAAUUAUGUUUGUCUUGAAAUUGUUAAUUAACUUUUAACUUAGAAGAUUAAUUCACUCCUAAUGUAACUCAAAAAUCAUAAUAUCAUUUCUGAAAGUGAAUAUUUUUCUUAAAGGAAUUUGAUUUAAAUGAGUAUAGCUGAGGUUAUACAUAAUACUAAAAACCAAGCACAUUCUGUUUAAGAGAAUUAAAAUCUUGAAAAUUGUGAAAAUUAUGAAAAUUAUGAGAAUCAUGAAAAUUUGGAGCCAGCAUAGAUCUUGCCAUCAUUUUCUAAAUAAGAAAGUCAAAGCUAAUUGAUGAAUUUCAAAAAAGCAGCUGAUGCAGUUAAGUUUCAAUCUGUCGGGACUUAAACAAAAAUAAUUCAAAAAAAAGAGAAAUUUGUGAACUAGUCAAAAAUAUAGAAUUUAGUUAGAUAAAGUCCUUCUCCUGAUAUAGACAGAGAAUUACUUGAGUGUAAAAAAUCUAUUAAAGAAUUAUAAAAAAGUAAGAUUGAUUUAUAAGCAAAUAAUGAAUUUUUAAAAUCUUAGAAUUAUAAUCUUUUAACUAAAUUAAAUAAAAAAUAAAAGAAUUAAUUCAAAUGUGAUCAUAAUGUUAUCAAAAAUACAAAUACAUCACAGGCACAUGUAAUUAAAAAAUUUCUAAAAUUUGAUGAUAUACUUUUUAAAAAUGUAACAUCUUUUUAAAUGGCUUAAAGUUUUGAUUUAAGACAAGGAAGUAUAAGUAGUAGAUAAUUUUUUUCAAGGCCCAGAACUUCUGCUCCAAAUUCUACAAGAAAUAGAUUUAAUUCAACUUAGUAACCAUCAAGAAGUGGUUUUCAUGUAUUAUUAUGA